AUGUUCUUUGACCUGCUGUCUGACAUCUCUUCCUCUCAUCUUCUCAACCUCUCUUCCUCCCAUCCUCUCAUCUUCUCAACCUCUCUUCCUCCCUUCCUCUCAUCUUCUCAACCUCCCAUCCUCCCGUCCUCUCAUCUUCUCAUCCUCUCUUCCUCUCAUCUUCUCAUCCUCCCAUCCUCCCAUCCUCUCAUCCUCCCUUCCUCUCAUCCGCCCUUCCUCGCAUUCUCCCUUCCUCCCAUCCCCCCGUCCUCUCAUCCUCCCUUCCUCUCAUCUUCUCAUCCUCCCAUCCUCCCGUCCUCUCAUCCGCCCUUCCUCUCAUGCUCCCUUCCUCUCAUCCUCCCGUCCUCUCAUCCUCCUUUCCUCUCAUCCUUCCUUCCUCCCUUUCUUCUCAUCCUCCCAUCCUCCCGUCCUCUCAUCCUCCCUUCCUCUCAUCCGCCCUUCCUCGCAUUCUCCCUUCCUCUCAUCCCCCCGUCCUCUCAUCCUCCCUUCCUCUCAUCUUCUCAUCCUCCCAUCCUCCCGUCCUCUCAUCCGCCCUUCCUCUCAUGCUCCCUUCCUCUCAUCCUCCCUUCUUCUUAUCCGCCCUUCCUCUCAUCCUCUCUUCCUCUCAUCCUCCCUUCUCAUCUUCUCACCCUCCCACCCGUCCUCUCAUCCUCCCGCUCUCGGUUCUAA